AACCGUUAUAGAACUUGAUAUAAAAUGCCGAUUCUGCAAUUCUCAAUCAUCAGUUGAAAUCUGUAGUUUAUGAGCCAAGCUUCGAACAUGAGGACUAACUUUGGAUAUUUUGUAGUGAUUUUAGUAUUUGUGUGCUAUGCCAGUGCCGAGGAUAAAAGUGUAGAUUGCAACAAGCCGCCACGUUAUAUUCCGUUCCACAUGUGCUGUUCAGUGCCUGAUCUUAGUACCGAAGAGCUGAUGAAGCAAUGUGCAAAGUUUGACCAUUCACAAUAUCAACAUUAUCCACCGCAUAUGCAUGGCUUACAUCAUCAUCCUUGUCUGAUCGAGUGCAUUUUCAAUAAAACCGAAGUUAUUAGCGAUAACGGUGAACCGGAUGUCGACAAAUUUAGCGCUUUGCUCGACACAACCGUUAAGGAUAAUGAAGAAAUGGCCGCCAUUAUGGAGGCAGCAUUCGAGACGUGCGCAGAAAAAAUGAGUGAUUUGAAGGCGAUGAUCGCCGAAGAGAUGAGCAAAAAUCCGGAAUAUGCCGAGAAAAUUACUAAUCAUAGCAUGCAAUCGGGUUGUUCGCCCUACGGCGCGAUUCUGAUGAAAUGUGUUAAUAUGGAGACAUUCGAAAAAUGCCCCGCUUCUGCUUGGAAUGAUAGUACGGAAUGUAACACGGUGCGCGACUUUAUCAAGGAGUGUGAACAUAUUUAAAUUAAAGAAGUUCUUUGAUUAAGAAUUAUUGUCGGAUAGUUUUGAAGUAAGAGGAUAGCAAUUAAUUGCAAUAUUAUAAAGCAGAAAUGUAAUUUCUUAACCUUAUAUACUAAAUAAAAUCGAUAUUUACGAAA